CUUUGCGUAGACAAGUCCUAUAAACUGGAAAGUCUUAAACACCCUGUUUUCAGCAUUUCUACCAUCCCACCAUACAGAAGCUUCACUCCUUAAACCACUUGGAAUAUAGGAAAAACAUAGCCUCAGGCCAACAGUCCAUCUAACCCAAUGUCCAGCCAGCAGCAAGGACUAACAGAAGAUGCUAAGAAGGAGAACAAAUAAUAUGAGGUACCUCACAUCUUGAUUAAAUCUUUUCCUUUAUAUCUCAAAGAUUUAGAAAAAAAAAAAAAUGAAGCGAAUGUGGAACUUCACCAGAAAGAUGACUUUGGAUUCCCCUUGAGGUGACAUUUCUUCUGAUGCUCUUGUCCUCAGUGUUCGGAGUUAGUCGUCAGCACUGCAAUGUGGUGGUUUCAGCAAGGCCUCUCUUUCUUGCCUGUGGCUUUGGUUGUUUGGUCAGCUGCAUCUUUUGUGUUUUCAUACAUCACUGCAAUCGCCCUCCACCACGUCGACCCUUUGGUGCCCUACAUCAGUGAUACAGGGACAAUACCACCUGAAAGAUGCUUAUUUGGGAUCAUGUUAAAUAUUUCAGCUUUCUUGGGUGUGGCUACCAUGUAUGUCCGUUAUAAACAAGUGUACACUUUGAAUCCAGAAAAAUCCAAGAUCAUCAAGCUUAAUAAGAUUGGCCUUACCCUAGGACUGAUGAGCUGUUUUGGACUUUGCAUUAUUGCAAAUUUCCAGAAGUGUAUUCUGUACUACAUACACGUGGUUGGAGCCUGCCUGACAUUCGGAGUGGGGGCCAUUUAUAUGCUGGUUCAGACCGUCCUGUCCUACCUGAUGCAGCCAGAAGUUCACAGCAAAGACAUCUUUUGGAUCCGUCUGACCACGUUACUCUGGUGUUGUUCAAGCAUCGUGAGCAUGUUUAUUUCCUCCGUUGUCUUAUACAGUGGCCUGUAUGGAACGAAUCUAGUGCAGAAGUUGCACUGGGACCCACAGGAAGAAGGCUACACAGCUCACAUCAUCAGCACCGUCUCGGAGUGGUCGUUAGCAUUCUCCUUCCUUAGCUUCUUCCUCACCUAUAUCCGUGACUUUCAGAAAAUCUCCCUGCGUGCAGUUGUCAGCUUGCACGGGCGAACCCUUUAUAACGCGCCGCAGAGCUUUGUGACGGAUGAGCAGACGCUGCUGGUAGCGGGGAGCAUCUAAUGAAGGUGAAGAGAACACGUUCUCAGCAUAACUCAGGAAUUUAAUAGCAAUAACGGCUGAUAUCUCUAAGCAUUUAUUUUAUAUGAAGAGAAAAAUAUGAAGUGAUUGUAUUGUACUUGACAUAAAGGGCUUUGCUAUUAACCCACACAGCAAUGCAAACGUUCCCAGUAUUGUAAACAAGCCUGUAACAUUUCCACAUGUGCCAAUAUCAUGAAAUAAUAAGAUGAAGGUUA